AGUGAGAUGAACACAACGGCGUCAAAUCCGAGAGCUAAUUACGCUGCAAUUAUGUUGGAUGAUGGGAGGAUCCUUUACAUUGGAGGUCUGAACGAUAAGCAAAGUUUUGUGCCGAUGGAUCAGAUAUUGAUCUACGACACAAAAACUUCGACGUGGAAUAUGACUGCCGCUGUGGGCAAGAUUCCAAGUGUCCGCAUACGACAUUCUGCUGUUUUAACAAAUGAUGGUCGAAUAAUAAUUUAUGGAGGUUCACAAAAUGAUUCAAUGCCAGCAACCCCAUCACUCGCAGCCCUAAGAAGUGUUGAUUUCAUGUGGUUGGAAAUAAAUGAAUCCGGCACCAAGCCUCCAAAUUUACAAUCUCAUACUUCUACGUUGGUCGGUGAUUUAAUGAUCGUAGCAUUUGGAAACGUGACGAAAUUCCAAUCUCUACCCGAAGGAUCCACCUCAAAUAUUUAUAUUUUGAAUACCGCUAACUACACCUGGACAACUCAAUUCACACCGCUUUCCUCUCCGGAAUCUACAUACAAUGGUUCGGAUACGCUUCCUAUUGAUUUAUCACGUACUAAUGCGAUAUUGGCGAUAAUUAUUGCGAUAUCGUGUUUGUCAUUUUUUAUGAUGUGCACGAUCAUUUGUACAAGGCUUUAUAAAAGACAAAGAAGAAAUGUGGUGGUCGGAAUCGACAGAUAA